GGGGCAGACAACGUGCCUCAUCCAAUAAAUAUUCAAAGGGAACAUCUUCAGCAGACUUUGGGGGACAACAAGUGUUGCAACGACAUUAGUAACAUCACCAAUAAUAACAUGACGGAUGCGGCCAAAGGAACUGUAGCGACUACGACAAGCACGACUGGGUCGGAGGCUGGUAUGUCCACCAAGAGCGCCGUCAGUCAGAGGAACGUGGAUAUCAAAAUAGAGAAGACCAGCAACAAGGAGGCGGCUACCCAACAGCUCACAAAGAAAGUUCUCAAACUGGAUCUCGGCGGCAAGAGCAUCGACGAAUACUCACUGAAGUCGCCGAAGUCACCUAUAGCUGCACGUUUACCCCAUCAAACAUCGCUGACGUCAUCGGUAGACGUAGAGGAUCGGAAGACAUUACGAGAGGCCUUAUACCAAGGUAUAUUCCACCGACACCGCCGAACUAUCUUCGCAGUGGGCAGCUUUCUGCGGAUGCUGCGCAGCCGCAACUCGCAAUACAACACGAUACGGAGCUCGUCUGAAGGCGAGGACAUCGAUGAGUUCCUCAAACGUCGUGAAUCGAAGCUCCUGCGAUUCCCGCACCUCUUCGAUCGUUGAUUUUACCUUUAUUUCGAGCUGCAAAAUGUAUCCAAGUUGUCAGCCAAAUCUGGGCCAAAGGAAAGUAAAGUUAAAUCCUGGCGCAAUCCAGGGCUGGCGCAGGGAUAAAGGCGCUGGCCAAUUUCCACCAAGGCUGGCUAGAAAAUCCUAACGAACAAGAAGGUGAUAUAAUGCUAAGAUUUGAAUGUAAAAUUUUAAAGACAUUUGGGGAUUUAUGUUGCACCCCCGACUACCAACCAAUAUAGAAAAUAUAUGGAAUAUCCACACUAAUUUUUAUACCCUUAAUAGGGUAUAUUGUAUUCCUAACAGGUAGAAGAAAGGAUUUCAAGUCAUACAAAAUACUGUCACUACGUGGACGAGCGUCCACAGUUACAUAUAUUCUAUUCGGUAAACGAUUAUAUUUUGGUAUUGAUGUUUUGGUUCCGGUGUAGGUACCGUAGUUACCAAAUUUUCAAUUAAUACUUUGAAAUGAUUUAUGUGAGUUUUAUUAAUAAGAACAUUAAAAUUAAUUUCGAUUGUUUAAUUUUUUGAUAUAAAAUAUGUAAUUAAAACAAUUCUCAUUUGUUUCUAAAACAA